GUAGUCGGGAGGCUAACUGCGCUUGAUAUGCAAGAUGUAGCCGAACAUUUCAGCGCUGCAAUCCUUGAUAACUUAGCGGAAGUUGAUGUCGAACAAGGUGCUUAUACGAGAUCUAGUACUUCUCUUCCACCACGCUCGACAUCACUCUUCGCCGACGCCUCCGAAUUCGUGUACCGAGUCCGAAGGUUACCGAAGUGCUCUGAAAAUCAACAACUGUCUCAAAAUAUCAGGGGCGUGUGUCCCCUUUACUAUGCUAGCUACGAGAAGGUCCUUCAGCAUGUGCUCAAGAACGAGGACGUUGUACUCCGGGAGAACGAGGAUAAGAGUCUGAGCAGGAGGAGAAGUGUCAAGGAUAAUAAAGAGGUCAAGGUUCCUGCCGAGCGACGCCUGUUGCUGCUGAUGCUAGCGAGCCACACAGACGCGCACUUGCACCGAAUUUUUGUAAGAAAUCGCGUGCUGGGGUCUAUACGAGUGCAUGAGACCACGACAGAGGCCUUAG